AUGUCGGAGGUUGUAGUAACCGAAGAUCAAACGAAUAUUCUGAACACUGUUCUACAGAUUCUCCUCGCCAAGCAGCACUACAGUAAGCUUCCUGUUGUGGAGGAAUAUGAAGCUGGUCCCAACAAUUCCGACUCGUUGGCACUAGUCGAAUCUUUUCUAGGCAAACUACCCGCGGAAGAUGAAAAUGUUGCUGAAAAAAAGCAAAAAUCAAUGGAAAAUUUGCUUUCUUCACUGUUGAGCGACAAACCACCAAACGAAAUCCCAAAACCCCGAGAUCCUCGAGCCGAGAGAAACGAAAAAGAACGGAUUCGAGUCCGCGAGCUAGACAAAGCUAUGGACAAGUUAAAAGAGCAUAUUCCAUUUCAACCCAAAAAUAUGGCAAGAGUUGAUGUAUUGAGGAUGGCAAUAAACUACAUUCACUUACUUCAAGAAAUGGUGCGAACCAAUGAGCAGCCAUCUCCAUGGCAAUGUGCAGGCAGAAUGGCGAAGGGACUUUCGAGACAAGCAACAUGGUUAUUGGCAAAUUCUUUGGAGUUUCCUGUGCCAAGUUUGAGCAAUAACGUUCAUCAAUCUCUUCAUUCACUUGAUCCACAAAAUCCACUUCCACCGAAAUCUUCUUCGACGUCACCACGGUAUUCUCAUUCUUCAACACCGGCAAAUCAAUGA